ACAAAGCCAGCAUUUCUCCCCUUUUCCUCUCCACCAACAUUGCACUGCAUUUCUCCACAAAAGAUCUAGGCAGGCAGACCGGCCUUAAAAAAGUUCAAAAUUUUUGAAAAUAAGAUCCUUUUGUUUUACCCUACUCUGACUUCUAUUUCUUUGUUUAUUUAUGGACUGGCAAAGAACUGAAAGUCCGCUCUACACGCGCCAAGGGACCAGCGACCCCGCCUCUUCUCCGACAGCGGCUACGGUGCAAAAUGCGCGUCACGGUCACCAUGCGCGAUCCUCUUCCGCCUCUGGAUUAUCCACCAUCAAGCGAAACCAGAAUGUGGCGGCUAAAGCGGCGGCUCAGCGGCUGGCGCAGGUCAUGGCCUCUCAAACUGCUGAUGACGACGGCGACGACGAAAAUGACGGCGAUGAUCUAGGGUUUCGUUACAGUGCGCCUCCGCCUCUGUCUUUUUCGAGGAAUGUUAAUAGUAACAAUACAAAUGUUACCACUACUAGUAAAGCUUCGUCCACUGCUGCGUCUUCAAGGAUCAAUAGAUCUCCUUCACCUGCGUUAGCUAGGAAUUUUGAAGAGCCUGCAUCAGGUGGAUCAACAUCAGCUGGAAGGCCAGCAAUGUCUCUUAGAACGGCAGCAGCAGCAGCAGCAGCAGUGCCACAGAGCAAAGGAUCAUUGAGGACUGCGGUUUCUUUACCGCCAAUGGAUCCUCCGAGAAAUGGACAUAGAGAUGGUAAAAGAUUCUUGUCAGAUGCUGUUCAAUUUAACUCAAAAGAUACGGGAGAUCAACGUGAAGCUUCUGCACUCCGUGAUGAACUUGAUAUGCUACAAGAAGAGAAUGAAAACAUCUUUGAGAAGCUCCGGCUUGAGGAAGAGAGAUGCGAGGAAGCAGAGGCCAGAGUCAAGGAGCUUGAGAAACAGGUUGCUGCUUUUGGAGAAGGAGUAUCUUUAGAAGCUAAAUUGCUUAGCAGAAAGGAAGCUGCUUUGCGGCAGAGAGAGGCUGCACUAAAGGAUGCAAAACAAAAUAAUAUGGUGGACAAGGAAAUUGCAUCUAUUCGGUCUGAAGUAGAGAAUGCAAAAGAUGAGGCAGCAGCAGUUAUGCGACAGCUGCAGGGAGCUGAAUCUGAAGUGAAGGCCCUUCGAUCAAUGACACAAAGAAUGAUAUUGACUCAGAAAGAAAUGGAAGAGGUUGUUCUUAAGAGGUGUUGGCUUGCUCGAUACUGGGGCUUAGCUGCAAAAUAUGGUAUCUGUGCGGAUGUUGCUGUGUCAAAGCAUGAAUACUGGUCAUCCUUAGCACCUCUUCCAUUUGAGGUGGUUGUUUCCGCUGGACAAAAGGCUAAGGAGGAAUGUUGGGAAAAAGGUGAUGAGGACAGUGAGAAGAGAAGUACCCUUGCACAAGACUUGAGCGAUCUAACUGGUGAAGGAAAUAUCGAGAGUAUGCUCUCAGUUGAAAUGGGUUUGAAGGAGCUUGCUUCCUUGAAGGUUGAGGAUGCCAUUGUGCUUGCACUGGCCCAACAGCGGCGAGCAAACUCUCUUCGACUCUCCAUCUCAGAUGUCAAAUCGCCUGGUGAUCCAAAGUAUACGGAAGCAUUUGAAUUGAGUCCGGAGGAGUCUGAAGAUGUUCUUUUCAAGGAGGCGUGGCUUACAUAUUUUUGGAGAAGAGCCAAAGCCCAUGGUAUAGAGGAGGACACUGCAAAAGAACGAUUUCAAUUUUGGAUUAGCUGCAGUGCGCACUCACCAAGUUCACAUGAUGCUGUUGAUGUUGAGCAAGGCCUGAUGGAGCUCAGGAAGUUGGGAAUAGAGCAUCGAUUGUGGGAAGCAUCUCGCAAAGAAAUCGAUCAGGACUCAUAACACAAAUCUUAUGGGCAACUUGGGGGCUCUGGUUGACGAUGGUUGUUCCAGGAAAUCUCACGCUAUCAAGUUUCUUCUUGAUUCAUUUUACUGAAUUCUUCUUCUAUUUGUUGGAGAAUUUACCUAUGUUGCUUGGCACUGGUCCGCACCAGUCAUAUGAUAUAUAAAGUAGGCUCAUCUCUUUAGAUACAUGUUAUAUAUACACAUGCAUCUACAUAUAGGUAUGUUAAUUACAUGAAGUUAAAUACAGUCUAGGUCAAAUUGUAGCAAGCUUGCAAUGGAAGGAAAUAGCUAAGUUGGUUUUGAUUUCUCA